ACUAGAAGCCUCAACGAUAUUUACGGCUAUCUUCCAACGUGAACAAAAUUAAAGUGACACUUGACAUACAAGGCACAUAACAUUACAUGUCGGCCGCCGGCCAUUGCUAUCAUGUCAUAUACAUCCACCACAAUAUAUAGCUAACCAACCAUCACCAUGCACUAAAUAUGUAUAUCAUGUCAUUGGCUUAUAAACCAAAAGGAGACAAAUUCGAAUAUAAUACCGAGAGAGGGAUAUAAACAUCAAGUUAGUGAGAGAAAGAUGCAUAACAGAACAAAAUGAAGAGAGGAAAAAAAAAAAAAAAGGCCCCAUAAUCCAAGUGGGUAAAUGGAACCAUGUGCGCUCAUAUGCUGGUUGGUCCUUUUGUAGCCCCACGAAGCCUCCUUUUCACCUCCAAAACUCAUGUUGAAAAUGAAAGAGGCUAUAAACUUAUUAUUCAAUUGCAUUAUCUCUCGCCAUCCCUAAUUUAAUUAAUAAUAUUCAUAUAUAAUUUUAUUAAAGGUUGAUUCUUCAAGUCUCCUCCAUCUUUACACCUCCCAUUGCCAAUAUUCUCUCUCUCUCUUUCUUUUCCCAUUUCCCUCUCAUCAUCUCUCUUCCUUAAAUUGCCCAAUCACAUUAUCCCUCUCUAGAUCUCCUGUAGUUUUGGGGUAGUUUUGAAGGAUAGACAGUGUUGUCAGAGUUCACAAACUAAAUUCUCUCCUCUUUGUCCUGGUGGUUUGUGAGCAAACUGGACCCCUUUGUGUCAGCAGAAAAUCUCCUAUCUUGUUCAUUUGUCUUUCCUCCUAAAAGUUCACCUCUAGCUUUCUAAUUUCAAGUACCCCCAAGCCCAACUGAACUCUUCCAUCAAACCCUAAUUUUGUUUCCCCCUACAAACAUAUAUACAUAUAUAGAAUCCCAUGAAUUCUCCCAACCCUAAUUCACUGAAGUAUAGGUUCACCAAAGGCUUGCUCAAAGCCCUAGCCAGAAUAAACAAGCAUCAACCCAGAUCAUCAUCAUCUUCUUCAAGAGAGAUCCAGCGACGAUAUAGGAGAAUUAAGAAUGCUGCAUAUGCAUCCAUGGCUUGUGCUGUAGGGACAAGAAGAGCUUGGAGCCGGGAGUUGCUAUGGAAGAUCCGAAACCAAGCACGAAAUGGCGGAGUUUUGAGGAGAAUUGGUACUACUACUACUAGUACUCACUACCCCAUGAAGAAAAGAUCUCAGAAGAAGCCGGUUGUGGCGGGUUUAGGGCGAGUUGAUGAGCUGCGGAAGGUUAUACCGGGCGGUGAAGGCAUGGAUACUUGGAGCUUGUUGGAGGAGACAGCCCAUUACAUGAAGUGCCUUACCACACAGGUAAAGGUCAUGAGGACAAUUGUGGCAAUUUACUCUACUACUUGAGUGUUGACCCUAAAUCCCUUACAGGAACACAAAAAAAUACGAAAAAAGAGAUGUAUAAUUAUUAUGAACUUGAUCUGGAUAUGGUAAAAUAAAAUAAAAGUGAAAGAGGAUAUACAAGGAGGAUAUAUAUAUAGGUAUGAAGAACUACUCUUAUUUGUAAAAUUGGGGAGAUGUAGUGAUGUUAAUUAUUACUUAUGUUCUUAUAUUUUUGUGUGUGUGUAUAUAUAUAUUCCAAUCGCGUUUUUAGUUAUCUUAA